AGUGUUGCCCAAUGAUCUGCUCCAGUCCCUCAGCUUCCCGGAUUCAUCUGCUGUACCUUCUUCCAUUCAUAAAACUGAAUCCCAAAUCAGAGUAGAUAAUUUUCUGAAGGAAGGAAACAGAAGGGGAGAAGAGGUGGGAAGAAAGCAACUUUAACUUCAAAUGCCUUCUGCAAGCUGCCAGGACCUUAGUCCUGGUCGGAGUCCUCUCCAAGACCUUUUCUUUCGUGUGGAAAAAUGAAAGUGGAGGAACUGUGAAGAGAUGGAACUAAAGACACUGGGGCUGUGGGGGAGGAGGAAGCCUUUAUUGUUACCCUUUAGCUCUAUUUAAGGUCCCUGUAAGAGUUAACAGCUGUAUCCUCUGAAAUAAUUGGCAAGGAGGUUUUAAGUAUUGGUGUGCUAUUAGGAGUGAGUGGUUUUGGAAAGGUACAGAGGCAAGAAAGAUCAGUUCUGUGAAGGUGUCCUGCGCAUGUGCAUGCAUGAUACAAAGCUUCCCAGUUCCUCCUCUGCCUUACGGACCUUUUUGCUGAACACCAGACAUGGGGAAUAACCACAGCAAGCUAUGUUCCGGGUUUCCUGAACGGGAAUGUCGAAGAGCUCAACAGGACUGGUCGCACCAGGUGUACAUGAUGCAACAAGGAAAUGGAACAUUGCCUGAUACAGCAGAAACAGAGCUCCAUAUCAAUUGCUGUGAAGGUGAGGUGGACCAGUACCUGGCAAAGAUGAACAAAGAGCCCAUCGUGUUCCAUUUUAAAGUGAAAAACCCACUAAAGAUAAAGCCAGAGAACUUCCCAGAGGGAGGUGAGAAGUCUGGAGCUGCUACUGCUGUUUUGGUGGGAGCGAUGGUGGCAGAGCCUGGUGGAGAUGUCACAGAGAACCUGGAGCCUAGCGGAGGUGUCCUAGUGAGAUCGGGGACUUAUGGAGACAUCAUGAUGAGGACAGGUGCUGGUGAGGAAUUGCAUUCGACCCUGGCAUGCCUGUGUGACCAGGUGGUCCAUGCGUUGCAGGUUGUAGGCAAGUCUUCAAAAGACUCCUCUGAGGGAACCAAAGGACACUCCACUGUGGAGAAUCUACCACCUUCUUCCCUGGAGUCUCAGCCCUCCAUAAUGAGCACCAUCUCUCAAACCAAGAGCCCAUCUUUUGGAGCUGUUGAGUCGCUGAACGCUGGAGAUGUCCUUCACUCUAAUGAAGACACAUGCUUUGCAAAUGAUCAGAAGGCUCCCUGUGGAAUUGAUCUUGAGCUUGCCACAGGGGGCAUGUUGGGGGAGGCUGAGGAACCAACAACUGGGCAAAUGCAGCUUGAGGAAGUUUUCUCUAAGGAGACCCCAGAGGAGGCAGAUGAAACUUCCUCUGAAGACACCCUAAAAGAGGAGAGUGAUGCUUCCUCUGAAGAGACCAUAGAGGCUCUUCCUGACUUGGACACAGAAACAAUGGCGGAUGAGUCCUCUGAUGUUGAGACUGAUCUAGGGACUCAGGAAGUGGCUGAAAUCCUGCUAAAUCCUGGCAAUGACCUCCCUCAAGCUAUGAGCGAGCCUCUUCCGAUUCUGAAUAAAAGAGAAGAAAAAGUACCAGAAGACUGUUGCGAUGGGGGAGACAUGGACGCUCGACUGGAGGUGCUGCCAAAGAGAGCCCAGUGUGAGAUGUUGGCCACAGUAGACUCUGCACGGCUCAUUGCAUCAAAAAUCUUCCAAAUGGACGCGCACGGGAGCUCUGUCCACAGUCUUUGCAAGAAGACACGUACAGAUGACGUUCUUCUCCUUGUAAGCGAUGCUGCAGAUUUAGACUACUUUCAGAAGGGUGGGUAUGUCCCUACAGCAGAGGCCACAAAGGAAAACGAGCGUCAAAUGUCAGUGGUGCAAGACAUAGAAGCCCAACCUCUUGCAGACAUUGCAGAGAUGACUGGAGCGGCGUCCUCUCCAAAGGCUCCGUCUGAAACUGCUGAGACAGGACAGGGUGGUCCCUCUUCUCUUCCGCUGAGCUCACGGCACAAGUGAGCAGAACCGAGGAAGAGCAUCCGGGUGUCCAAAUAUCUCCAGCGUCUGUCAGCAUCUCAGAUCCUGCAUCCGAGGGUGGUUCCCUUAUCGCCGAAUGCUUUCUUUUAAUCUUGUUUUAUUUAAUCUUCUUUUUUUUAAUCCUAUCGGAUUUUUUAAAAUCUUUUUAAUCUUCUUUAAAAAAAAAAAAAAAUCCUAUCGGACUGGCAAUCUUUUAAACUGCUGGCUACUGUCACGAUCGUGAUGGGCGGGGCGGGUUUUUUUUGGUAGCAGGAACUGCUUUGCAUAUUAGGCCAUGCCCCCUGAUGGAGCCAAUCCCCCAAGAGCUUACAGGGCUCCUAGUACAGGGCCUACUGUAAGCUCCGGGAGGCUUGGCUACAUCAAUGGGGUGUGGCCUAAUACGCAAAGGAGUUCCUGCUACAAAAAAAAAGCCAUGGUGAUGGGAGCUCCAUGACUUGGUUUCACUUUAUUGGAUGGCUGGUUGAAUGGUCAGUGCGGGUUUUUCCAGACAUAACCUGGUGCUCCACUUGGGUUUAAACACUGGGGAGUUGUCGACUUGGAUCCCGUCCCCUUUUGACAAGAUCAUGUAUUCUUUUAAUGCACAAACCACCCUCCUUUUAAUUUAAGCCAUUUGUUAAGAUUGCCUUGGAAUUUAGGUGGUAUUGAACGCGCAGAGAUGCCAGUGAUUCAUCUAAAGAAGGGAUUCUGGUGCUUUUUAAAUAAAAGGAACUUCGUUUUACACUUC